UGUUUCACGGUAGCAUAGCAUUAGUUAGUAACACAGAGAUGAGAAGAUAAAGACUACACACAGUCACACAGUAUUCACACUACACUCCACACUUCCCCACCUCUCUCUCUCUCUCUCUCUCUCUCUCUUGUUUGUUCCUUCUUCUCCCACUGGUCCUUUUCUCUUUCUCAUCCUUGAAACAAAUCUCUCUGCAAUAGCAAGCAUCACCCUUUCUUUUGUCCAGAAAUGCACACAGUCACACACUAUUUACCCUACACUCCACAACACCACUAGACUCCCCAUAUUUCUUGUUUCUUCCUUCUUCCUCCACACUAUAUGUCCUUUUUCUUAAUUUCAUCCAUUUAACAUAUCUCCACUGCAAAUAUGGAUCUCAAGAAAUACACACAAUCACACAGUCCAUCACAAACCUGUGCAAAUAUGUAUCUUUAAUACUCUUCCAAGAUCACCCCUUUCUUCCUCAAGAGAUGCACACAGUCACACAGUAUUCACUCUAGACUCCACUCCGACCAGUUGCCAUUCUUGUUUCUUCCUUCUUAUUUUGUCAUUCAUAAAUCACCCUGCAAAUUUGCAUCUUUAACUCUAUCAACAUCACAACAGUCACAAAAUAGUGUUUGAUUAUUCCUUCUUCUUCCACAUUAGUCCAUUUCUUUAAUCAAUAUAACAAAUCUGUCUGCAAAUUUGCAUCUCUAAACUCUUCCAAGAUCACGCCUUUCUUCUUCAAGAGAUACACAGUCACACAGUACUCACAUUAGACUCCAUACUUACACCAGUUACUAUUCUUGUUUGUUCCUUUUUCUUCCACAGGUCCAUUCUUUUCACCCCCAAUAACAAAUCUCUCUGCAAAUAUGCACGUCUAGCUUUUCAAAGAUCACACCUUUACUCAAGAAAUGCCACCAGAAAACCCAUUUCCGCCUCCUCUAACCACCCUACCUGUCUUCCCCACCACCUACCUACCUCCCCCGCCACCCCCACCACCCUCCCACCAUCACCAUUCUCACUCCCCUCUCAUCCCACCCUUUAUAGCUGCUGCUUUUGCCUUGACAUUCUUCAUUGUAGCUGCCAUCAUUUACCGCAAAGUGUCACGCAAUAGGACUGUUCCUACAGAUCUGAAGUCACCUCCACCACCCCACAAGUUCUCCUACUCUGUCCUCCGCCGCGCUACUGGCUCAUUCUCAGCUGCUAAUCGUCUUGGCCAAGGUGGAUUUGGUUCUGUUUACAAAGGCGUCCUUCCCUCUGGACAGGAGAUAGCCGUGAAGCUCAUGGAUGCUUCUGGCUCCCUCCAAGGCGAGAGGGAGUUCCACAAUGAACUCUCUCUUGCCUCGAGGAUAGACACUACGUCUUGCCAUCACGUAGUGCCUAUACUCGGCUUCUCCUCUGACGAGCAUAGUUAUAAGCACCACUGCUCUAGUCUGCGGAGGAGAAGAUUAGUUCUUGUAUAUGAGUAUAUGCAUAAUGGUAGCCUCCAAGAUGCUUUGUUAGAUCGAAAAUGUCCUGAGUUAAUGCAAUGGAGAAAGAGAUUUGAUAUUAUAAGUUCCCUUGCAAAGGGUGUUGAGUAUCUCCAUUAUUCGUGUGAUCCUCCUAUAGUACAUGGAGAUAUAAAACCGUCUAAUAUAUUGUUGGAUUACAAUUUUGAUGCAAAACUAGCUGAUUUUGGGCUAGCACAGUCUUUGACUAAAGAUGAUCAAGUUGUUGAGUGUUUCAUUGAAGAUGAGGAGAGAGUUGAGAAGGGGGCAAAAGGAGAAGUUCUUGAGAAUGUGGAUGAAAAUGGGUCGAUUCUUGAAGGAAAUGAGAGUGUGGUGACAGAGGAGGUUGUGAUAAAUGUGGAUCAGUUGCCGGAGAGUUGUUGUGUGAGGGUGUUGGAUGGGGAAGCGGGAGGGGUGUCGCCUGAGGUGGGAGUGCCAUCAGAGGGUAUGGAAAAGACUAGUGUUUCUGAGGGUUUUUUUGAUGGGAUUAGUGUGGAUAGUGGAAUUUCGAGAGGGAUUGGGAGGGGAAUUAGUCAAUCAGGCAGAGAUUGGUGGUGGAAACAGGAAAAUGUGAAUGGUGGAUCAGAUUCGGGGAGGAUUAAGGACUAUGUGAUGGAAUGGAUUGGUAGUGAGAUUAAAAAAGAGAGGCCUAAGAAGGACUGGAUCGCGACCACAAGUGCGGAAGAAGAUGUUGCCAAAGGGGGGCAACAGAAGCAAAGAAAGAAGCUUGAAUGGUGGGGAUCCUUGGAUGAGGAGAAACUUAGGAAAGAAAAGAAGAAUAGGAAGCCAAGAGAAUGGUGGAAGGAAGAGUUUUGUGAGGAGUUAGCCAAGAAAAAGAAGAAAAGGGAUCUCAAAGGGGGAGAAAUGUGGUGGCAAAGGGAUGAAGAACUAGUGCCAGAAAGAAAGAGGAGAAAAAGUAAGGGAAGUAGGAGCAGCAUUGAUUGGUGGCUUGAUAGUUUCAGUGGGGAGUUUCGAAUAGGAAGAAGAAGUAGUCAAGAUUUUGCCAGUGGAGAUAUUCCCAAGAGUGGAGGUGUGAGUAGUACCCCUAGUAUGAGAGGAACCGUUUGUUACAUUGCUCCAGAGUAUGGUGGCGGAGGGCAGCUCUCGGAGAAGUGUGACGUGUAUAGUUUUGGUGUUCUGUUGUUGGUUUUGGUCUCAGGAAGAAGGCCACUCCAAGUUACAGCUUCUCCUAUGUCAGAAUUUGAGAGGGCUAAUCUGGUUUCAUGGGCAAGGCAACUUGCUCAUUCGGGCAAGCUUUUGGAUCUUGUUGAUCCCAAUAUUCAGUUACUGGAUAGAGAACAAGCAUUGCUUUGCAUCACAAUAGCACUACUCUGUUUACAAAGAUCACCUAACAAGCGCCCGGCAAUGAAAGAGAUUGUUGGGAUGCUUUGUGGUGAAUCUGAGCCACCCCACUUGCCAUUUGAGUUUUCCCCUUCACCACCAUCCAAUUUCCCUUUCAAGUCCCGGAAAAAGGCCCGCCAUAGGAGCCUUUCCAGCAUGAAUAUUCAACGGCAGCAUUACAGCAAGGGCAAGGAAGGCAAGGAAUAAUAGCAGCGCCGAGCUGCCGCCUUCAAUAAGGAGAAAUUGGGCGGCGUCAGCACCGCAGUGGUGGGCGAUUUCACGGCCAGUGGCGUGCCACAUUCUCUGACGCAACAUAUCGGAUCAACAAAAACCUCCGUUAUUUCGUCGGUAAUUAUGUGCUAAUCGUCGACAACUGGAGGCAACGGUGACGGCGAGAGUGGACUGGAUACUGAUGCUGCUUCAACGAGACGACAUUAGGGUUGUUCUUGAACAAAGACGACGGAGUUAGGGGCUGAG